UCUUUACUUUUUUUGACAGCCCCUGAAGACAGCAUGACACAACAACGAAGAUGGCGUGCUGUGGAAGAUGUUUUUGUUGCCAGUGUUGUUGUAGAGAGGGAGAGACACGGACCCCAGAAGAGCUGACAAUCCUUGGGGAAAUCCCAGACGAGGAACAGAUUCUACCCAGGAAAGACUAUGAGAGCUUGGAUUAUGACCGCUGCAUCAGUGAGCCUUAUGUGGAGGUCCUGGAGGAGAUGGACAACAAGAAAGCCAAAAAAUAUGAGGCGGUGCAUUGGAUGAUGGUGUUUGUGAUCGGGGUCACAGUGGGCCUGCUGGGCCUGUUUGUGGAUUUUUUCGUACGCCUCUUCAACAAACUAAAGUUUACUGUGGUUGGUGAUUCUAUAGAGAAGUGCAGUGACAAAGGCUGUCUGUCUUUGUCCCUGCUGGAGCUCCUGGCGUUCAACAUGACCUUUGUCUUCAUUGCCAGUGUACUCGUCCUCAUCGAGCCUGUGGCUGCAGGAUCAGGGAUUCCAGAAAUCAAAAGUUACUUGAACGGAGUGAAGAUUCCUGGAAUUGUUCGACUCCGAACGUUUCUCUGCAAGGCUGCUGGAGUCCUGUUCAGUGUAGCUGGAGGUCUCUUUGUGGGGAAGGAAGGUCCAAUGAUCCACAGUGGAGCCAUCGUGGGAGCCGGCCUUCCUCAAUUUCAGAGCAUUACUUUCAGGAAGAUCAAAUUUGACUUUCCCUACUUCCGCAGCGACAGGGACAAGCGAGACUUUGUGUCAGCUGGUGCUGCUGCUGGAGUAGCUGCUGCCUUUGGUGCUCCAAUCGGUGGCACCCUCUUCAGUCUGGAGGAGGGCUCAUCAUUCUGGAACCAAGCCCUCACAUGGAAAGUGCUCUUCUGUUCCAUGUCGGCCACUUUUACUCUCAACUUCUUCCGUUCGGGAAUCAACUUCAGCAAGUGGGGCUCCUUCCAGCUGCCUGGCCUCCUGAACUUUGGAGAGUUCAAGUGUCCAGAUGGAGACAAGAACUGCCACCUGUGGACAGCUGUGGAUCUUGCCUUCUUUGUCCUGAUGGGGGUGGUGGGCGGCCUUCUGGGGGCGCUCUUUAACUGCAUGAACAAGUACCUGGCCAAGUAUCGCAUAAGACACAUUCAUCCUAAGGCCAAGUUUAUCAGAGUUUUAGAGAGUCUGUUGGUUACCAUGGUGACAACAAUCGUGAUUUUUGCGGCUUCCAUGCUGGGUGAAUGUCGUGACCUGUCCACUCCCACAGCUCACAACACCACGCUGGCUGGCAGUGAGGACAUCAACUCAACCAUUCGACAGUUCUUCUGCUCAAACAAGACCUACAAUGACAUGGCAACACUGUUCUUCAACCCACAGGAGGCAGCCAUCCACCAGCUCUUCCAUCAGGAUGGUACCUUCAGCCCUGUGACUCUGUCAGUGUUCUUCUUCUUAUACUUCCUGCUGGCCUGUUGGACAUAUGGUGUGUCUGUCCCCAGUGGCCUUUUUGUCCCAUCACUGCUGUGUGGGGCAGCUUUUGGACGUCUGGUUGCCAAUGUCCUCAAAGUGAAACUGGGAAUGGACAUCUACUCAGGAACCUUUGCUCUCAUUGGAGCUGCUGCCUUCCUUGGAGGUGUGGUCCGAAUGACCAUCAGCCUCACUGUCAUCCUCAUUGAAUCCACUAAUGAAAUCACAUACGGGCUGCCCAUCAUGAUUACGCUAAUGGUUGCCAAGUGGACUGGUGAUUUCUUCAACAAGGGCAUCUAUGAUAUACACAUCCAGCUGAGAGGAGUGCCUCUGCUCGAGUGGGAGACUGAGGUAGAGAUGGACAGGCUGACAGCCAGUGAUAUAAUGGAGACCAACUUGACUUACGUGUACCCCCACACCCGAGUCCAGUCUCUAGUCAGCAUUCUGCGCACCACGGUCUACCAUGCCUUCCCCGUAGUUACCGAAAACCGUCAGAAUGAGAGGGAUUUCAUGAAGGGCAACAUCCUGAUCAGCAACAAUAUCCACUUCAAGAAAUCCAGUGUUGUGUCACGUGCGGGCGAACAGCGACGGCGCUGCCAGUCCAUGAAGUCGUACCCAUCGAGCGAGCUGAGGAAUGUUUGCGAUGAGCAAAGUGCUGCAGUCGAACCUUCAGAGGAGGGAGAGGACCUGCUGCAGCAGAUGUUAGAGAGGAGGCAUGCUCCCUACCCUAACCUGUACCCAGACCAGUCUCCCAGUGAGGAGUGGACCAUGGAGGAGCGCUUCAGGCCGCUAACCUUUCACGGUCUCAUCCUUCGCUCCCAGUUGGUCAACCUGCUCAUACGAGGGGUGUGCUACGCUGAGAACCAGUCGAGCACCAAUCAGCCUAGGUUGUCAUAUGCAGAGAUGACUGAAGAUUACCCACGCUACCCUGACAUCCACGACCUCGACCUCACCCUGCUCAGCCCUCGCAUGAUAGUGGAUGUCACCCCCUACAUGAACCCGUGUCCCUACACUGUUUCACCCAGUGCCCGCAUCUCCCAGGUGUUUAACCUCUUCAGGACUAUGGGCCUGCGACACUUGCCCGUGGUUAAUGCUGUCGGAGAGAUUGUGGGAAUAAUCACACGACACAAUUUAACCCACGAGUUCCUGGUGGCCAAACUGCGACAGCACUACAUCACCAUUUGACCCAGCUGCCUGCCCUCAAACACCCACCUGUUCAUCCUGAUCCUGAGCCUUCCUCCAUCCCCGAUAGCGUUCUGACACACACACACAUGCACAUACACUCUCAGUACAGUAGGGGGCGUCGUUAUCCAGGUAACGAAACCUUUCAGCUGUCAUUCACUGCAGUCUUUUUGGUCUUCUUCAGUCCAGCCUUCAGUGCGCUAACACACACACAAUAAACCAUAAACCACAGAUAUCGACGGCUGGUUUUUCAAGAGCACUUGCUGUGCAUUCAAGCUGUGAGCAGCAGAGUCAUCCUGCCAUCUGAUGAAACAGCUGCAGAAUGAUUGAUAGCAUUAAAAAGCAUUACACACAUUAAUGUGAGAUUCUCGCUAGUAUUCCGAUAAUUCUCAAGGACAGGUCCAUGCACGUCCACCUGCCUACAAAUAUUUAACUUUAGAAGUCACAGCAAGGAUUUUUCUGUCAUAAAUAAACAUAAAGCAGCUUGUUCAUCCAGUGAGAAUGCACCAUUAACCCUGUUGUCAGCACAUUUGGUGAACAUUGUAUCAUCUUAAUUUGUCUUUUGUUUUGCUGAGCUUCCAACGUGUGUCGACUGGUUAAAGAGUUGAUACUAAAAAGAAAGAAAAACGUAAAGACCCUACAGUACUAGAGGGAGAACCCCAACAGUCAGCAGCAGCAAUGGUAAGAAGGAAGAGCCUCUUGAACAGGGAGAGAUCUCCGUCUGGUUUGAGGGGGAAAAAACCAAACAGCUCUUAGACAGAAGGAAGAUCUGCAUCUUAGAAUAAAUUCAAACUAGCAGCUCCGUCUCACUCUAAUGGUCUAGAAGCAGCAGCGGCUUCAGUGUGUUGCUGAUUGUGUUGCUCGCAGUUUGGCUCACAGGACACAACAAACUUUCAAAAUGAAAUGUCAUCUACUAAGGAUUCCCGAAUGCCUUCAUAACUGAAUGUUGCUUUUGAUGUUUUAAUUUUGCUUUAUCACUAUAGCACUUUUAUUUUUGUCUGUAUAUUAUUUGAAUCUUUGUGAUGAACUGGAUAUGUGCACUAAAAGCAGGCGGAUGGCCCCACGGUCUGACACUAACCCAGAGCUCAGCAGUAGCGUUGUGACCUUGUUGCACAUGCUGUAAUGUAACAUUUGUAACCAUUGAGCUGUCUGUAAAUGUCCAUGUUUGCGUUCACUGAGUUCAGUGUUGGACUUGUGAGGGCUAUGAUGAUCAGGUUUCACUGACCAACAUGUUGUUAUGUCAUUUGAACAUUUUUUUAUGUUUUAGAAACACAAAUGUCUGUUAUGUAUUUUGUUUCUCAUGUUAUUGCUUUUUCCAACAGUAUGUUCCUAAUCUGAUUUUCCGGUACAUCAUUUCAUUGUCAUUCCUAAGAGGGACUAAAGAUGUGAGUAAAGGCAAGUCAAAGAGGUGAAAUUCCUUUAUAUGUAUGGUUAAUUUAUUAUUGGCCGGCACAACAGCACACGUGUACGUCAAACGUUUCUUAUUUGAGUGUAGCCUCUGCUCUGUGGUUUAUUUUUAUACAGUUUUAUCUUCAUAAUUUACUGUCUCUAGUCUGACUCGCUCACUGAUUGACCGAGGCUGUCCUGGAUCGUGGUCGCAUACUAGAGAACGCUCGAUGUAAAAUCAUUCUUAUGUUGCCCAUUCUAAAGGCGAUUGUGGCAGGCGUAUUUAGAAGAUUUAGAUGACACCUUGUGCUUGUGCAGGAAUUUGUAGUUUCACAGAUACAGAGAAACUAGCACACAGAAAAAAUCCAACUGCAGACAUGGAAACGACCAAGCAGAGAAACCUCUGUCCUAUGACUUCAUUGUGGCUUCAAUAAAGAUCCUUGUUUUGUG